AUGGUGUCUCCUUCAACUACCAAAUCAUCUCAAGGUCCUCCAGAGGUCCCAACAUCAAUUGAAUCAGACAAUUAUCAAGAUGCCGUCCAGCCAAAGUCAGAGGGCUUUGAUGCCUGGAUGCAAGUUGUGGGAGCUUUUCUCAUUUACACUGCGACAUGGGGUCUCUUGAGUGCUUACGGCUCUUAUGAAAAGUACUACGAGACAGUCAUGCUAGUUUCUACACCCUCGACCAACAUUGCUUGGGUCGGAACCCUCCAAAGUGUCAUCCUUAUUUUGGGAGGCGUUGUCACUGGUCCAAUCUAUGAUCGAGGAUAUUUCAGAGAGCUUCUCAUCGUUGGAACUCUCAUCACAGUAUUCGGCGUUAUGAUGCUUAGUUUGGCCCACAGCUAUUAUCAGGUCCUCCUCGCCCAAGGUAUCUGCGUCGGCAUUGGAAGUGCAAUCCUCUAUGUACCAAGUAUCUCUAUGGUUGCUUCCAGGUUUGAACGACGACGUGCUUUGGCCGUAUUUUUUGCGACUUCAGGAACAGCUAUUGGAGGUAUCAUUUACCCUAUCAUCUUUACCAAUCUCCAGCCAACGAUUGGAUUCGCGUGGACUACACGUGUCCUCGGCUUUGUCACCCUUGCUGAGCUUAUCGGAGCGUUAGCCAUCAUGCUACCCGCCACCAGGGGCAAACUUUCACACAAAGUGCGCUCUCUUCUAGACCCAACCGCUUUCCAUGAUCCCGCCUUUAUGGCGUUUUGCCUCGCCUUAUUCCUCAUGUGGAUUGCAUACUGGGUGCCCUUCUUCUUACUUCCACUCUAUGCACAGUUCAAGGGCGGUGCAAGCUCAGAGCUGGCCUUUUAUGUGCUGGUGAUUGCCAAUGCCUCCACUAUACCUGGACGGUACAUGGCGGUUCCCUUGUCCAACAGAUUUGGCCCAUCGAUUACCAUGGCUGGAUUCGGAUUUGCUUCCAGUGUCUUGUUCUUUGGGUGGAUUGGCGUUGACACUGUUCCCUCCGUCAUUUCUUGGGCUGUGCUUAUCGCUGUAUUCAUGGGACCUCUUGCGGUCAUCUACCCCAUCCUUGUCCCUCGUCUCUCGCCCAACCCAGAACUUGUGGGUACGCGAAUGGGAAUAUCAUCUGCGGCGGCUGCGCUUGGGACCUUGAUCGGAUUUCCUGUUACAUCCGCCUUGAAUGAUAUCGAAGGUGGAAUUUUCUGGAAGAGUCAGGUUUUUAAUGGUUGUUGUAUGUUGGCAGGAUCUGUACUGAUGGUCUAUGUCCACUUUAAGUCAACCAAAUCACUCUGA